AUGGAUAGCUAUUCGCAGAUUCACGCAAUAACUAUAAGCAUUCUCUGCUUGGCUUUGGGCACUUUACUUCUUAUUGCUAAUCUUCCUGUACUUUAUGCUCUUCUUGCAAGUAGUAAAUUAAGGCUACGGUAUGCUAUCUUGGCUUUACUACUUUUGGCUGCUGCAAUUGGAGGAUUUAAUUGCAUGCUACGAGCUUUCUCAAUUAUUAUGGAAUUAUGGAAUGAAAAUGAUUGCAAGAACUAUACCAAUCAAUCUUCCUACACUAACAGAACGCCGUGGAACUGCCUUGGCCCAGUUGCGAGUCACUACGAAUUAUUUUCCUUUUUACUUCUUCCGAUAACACUGCUAGUGAACAGUACUGAUCGACUAUUGGUGAUAUACAAUCCAAUCAGCUAUUUUCUGCAUCCAAAACUGUACCUUACUGUCCAGCUUUCCAUGGCUGGUCUUUUUCAGCUUGGCUUCAUGGUUUACGUCAUUAUCGCUAAAUUUAACGUACCAUUUGUUAACAAUAAGUGCACAUGUUACGUAAUGAUGUCAAGAAGAACGCUUUUUGUCCUUCUAUUUGCACGAAUGUUUAUUUCAACUAUGAGCAUUCUCGUAAUGCUUGUUGUUUUGAUGAAAUUUCGACAAGUACAAAAAACUGUUAGGGUUGAUCGUCGUUUGGCCAAUUUCAACACACGUCAGCGAGGCUUCACACAAGCUAUGCUUUUCUCUUGCUGCUUUACUUUUGCGUUUUUUGUUCUACCCAACGUUACAACAUACUGCACCAAACUAUUUGAGAUGGAAAAUGCCGAUCUGUACAAUUCAUACUUAAAACUGAUCAGCUACACCUCUACAUUGGACUUUCUUGUCAUUAUGCUAUAUCGACAACAGGAUAUUUCUGCGGAAGUGCUGCAACGCUUUCCAUUUCUUCACUCUUUUCGAAUUUUAUUUCAACCAUUACUGAAACCAGAAGUGAAAAUUAUAGAGCCAAACCAGACAAAUCUCAAUGCAUGA